UGGGUUGAUGUAAGUUCGCCCUCACGCACCAAAUAUUUCUCUGGUCUGCUACACUCCCUCUCCUAUCUCUCCCGGCGGCCGGCGAUGGGAACAGUACCAGCAGCCCCAAAAGAUGGUUCUUCGCGUUGCGUCCAACAGAGCUUUGUCGCCUUAGAACCCUAAAACGAUGCCGCUAUCGUGCCGUUCCCUACAGUUUAUCGAAGCUGUCACAUCCAUCCGAACCUUCAAAGCUUCCAUGUCUUCUUCUAACUUUAACGCGAGGGGCCGGAAUCAGUGGCGGCGUAGUUUAUGCGACCGAACAACAACGGCGCGAGGAUGCCAAGGAUUGAAUGAGGUUGAUGCCACGGUGAGCGGUGAUUCGCAUGUCGGCAACGUGAGGGCUGCGAACUACCGGCAUCGGCAGGGCUACGCUCAGCAGCAGUUCCGGCCCUGGAGGCCAUCAGUGCCGCCCUUCCGGGCGGGUGUGCCGCCAAAGUCUGCUGAUCACAGGAAUUGGAUCUUUGCUGCUUCACAGCCAGCUCCGGACCAAGAGCGAUUCAAAGUCCUCUCAUACAAUAUUCUCGCGGACUAUCUUGCCUUGGACCAUCAGUCCACUUUGUACUUUCACAUACCGAAUCACAUAUUGGCUUGGGAGUGGCGAAAAAGAAGGCUAUUCAUAGAGUUUGGACUAUGGUCUCCUGACAUUAUGUGCCUUCAGGAGGUUGAUCAAUUCAGUGACCUGGAAGGGGAACUGGCUAUUCGAGGAUAUGCUGGCAUCUGGAAGAGGCGCACAGGAAAUGCUGUUGAUGGCUGCGCAAUUUUUUGGCGAACAAAUAGAUUUCAGCUGAGGCAUGAAGAGCAUAUUGAAUUUAGUAAGCUUGGACUAAGGGAUAAUGUGGCCCAAAUUUGUGUGUUGGAGUCAAAUACGGGAUUCCCAGCAGAAAAUGCUGUUUUGCCUGCAAGCCAUAAUCCAUCAAGCGGAGGAAAUCAAGUUGUUGUAUGCAAUACUCAUGUGCUAUAUAAUCCAAAAAGAGGAGAGAUCAAGCUGGGACAGGUGAGGAUUCUCUUUGAUCGAGCAUCUGUUAUCUCUAGGGCUUGGAAUGAUGCUCCAGUUAUUGUAUGUGGAGAUUUCAAUUCUAUACCAAUGAGCCCCCUCUACAAAUUUAUAGCUACGCGAAAGUUGAACUUGUCGGGUCUCACCCGAGACCAGAUAUCAGGACAAUAUUCUGCUACAUUACACAAUAGGCCUUAUUUUCGUUACAGACCUCAGACUUUCAGCCGUUAUGGUAGUGAAGGUACAUUUGGUGACAAUAAGCAUAAUAUGGGAAACUCAUCUCCAAUUGAGAAACCUGCUGUGACAUUGUAUCAAGAUUUAGAACAAAAGUCUCGUUUGCAGAUGUCACCCUGCGCUACUGCCAUCAAAUUAGGGGAAGCCGAAAUUUUUGGUCACCAAGGUGGUGAAGUAAGUUCAACCUAUUUGGAGUUUGCAAAUAUGCCCAGUAGAACAUCUGAAUUUUUCAUCCAGCAGAGUAUUAACCAUGCUAGUAUAGAUGCUGAGAAGAAUAGAGAAGAGGCUCAUAAGAAUAUUUUGGUUAAACCUUGUUCUGAAGGCCUCGAGGUUUCUCCGGGAAAUGUUGAUUUUGCAGACGAAAUAAAACUGACUUCUAAAGACAAUACUGUAAACUACAACAAUGUUGGUAAUUCUCCAUUUUUUCAUAGCAAUAAAGAUGAUUUCUCUACCAUGGAUUCUAGUAAGGCAGAUGAUUCUUUUUCUGAAAAGAAAAUUUACACUUCUGGUGCAAAUCUAGAUGUGCAAAUAGUAGAAAACACUGAGAAUCCUGGCAAUGGAGAUAGGCCGGAUCCAUGUGAUUUUGCGCGUUCACAUGUGAGUCAUAGAAUGGGUAUUAAAUCUAAUAUUGAAGUUGAAAAAAUAAUUGACAAUAUGAAUUCUGUUGGGGACAGUAAAAAUAUUGCCUCGGAAAAUAUUCCUGAAGAAGCACCUGCUCUUUGUGGUAAUUUAAGUAGAGAUGCAACUUCAACAGAAAACAGGGAGUAUUCUAAGCUAUCUGGUUUAGAUGAGAAUGUAGACGGCCAGUCUCCCGUGGUGUUUGGCAUGGAGGAAAAUGCCGAUCCCAAUUUUUUUAAGGAACUUCUUGGUAUGGAAGACGACAAUCAAAUUACGAAAGAUGUUAGUUCGCCAAAUUUGGAGCUUCAGGAAGAUUCGUCGUUUUUUCCAUCCAGUGCCGUGUUUAAUGUUGAGACGAGUUUUUAUAACCCUUACUGCUGGAGCCCAAUGGAAAUGGAGAUUGCAUCAGGAAAUGCGAAAUGCACGGUUGUUGAACAUACUUUGAAGCUAAGGAGCGUAUACACAGAUGUUGAGGAUUAUACGGGGACAAAAGACUCGAGUAGAGAGCCUCAAGUUACUAGUUACAACCAGCAAUUCAUGGGCACAGUUGACUACAUAUGGCAGUCGAAAGGGGAUGAGCAGGCGUCAUGCAUGGUUGGCUUGGUUGUAGGCGGCGGCGGCAGGCGGCAGGCGGCGACAAACAAUGAUGGUCUGCGACAUCACAUUGGGUGGUCGCAUUGGCCUACAUUGUUUGUAGUUGAUUUUGAAAUUCCCGGAAUGUGACCAAUUUCAUAUAGUCAAAACAAACUACUGUUUGGAGCGGGCACUUGGUGGUGGUGGUUGUGGGCCUGUGGUGGUGGUUGGUAGGCUAUUGAAGCCGGAUUGGCUGACGGAAGUCCAUGGGACAACUAUGAUGGGAAGCGACGGGCAAUGGUGGUUGGCGGCAGCAUAGUGGAUGGUCACGGUGGCUGCAGCAGCUUAGAUGGCUGCCACCUUUUGCAGUGUAUUUGAAAAUACACUUGAAAUGAACUAUAAAGCGCCUUUGAAAUUCACUUGCAAUUUUACUCUGAAUUUCUUUUUCAGUCAAACAAAAAUCCAAAAUUUCAAAGCCCUUGCAUUUCAAAUGCAGUACCCUCUUUUUUUAGCCAACCAAACAAUCCAAUAAAUUUCUAACGAACAUCCUCAAAUAGUUGAAAUGAGACUAAUGAUGAUGAUGAUGAACAUAAUUGAGAUGUCUGUUUUUUUCCAGCUUAAUUGGACCUCAUAAUUGUUUUCAGAACUCUCAAAAAAAAAAAUUUUUUAUUAUGCUAAAACAAUCUGUGCCUCUCGAAAUUGAAAUUGAAAGAAAUGUUAAACUACAUUUGUCCAUCAAUAAUCUUUUCUUAAUGACAUGCAAUUUUUUGGCUAUCGGUUUUCUCAUUCCACAAUAUCUUUUGCUCAAGUUGUUUGAGUUGAAAUUUGGAGCAUCAUCAUAAUCAACCUUAUCCUGCUAACAAGGGGAAGAAAUUCAUUCUGCACUGUCUGCUUAUAACCAACAGAGAAUUUUUAAUAAUAAUGUUAUCAGGGGACAUUGACAUACAUAUGACACAAUUCUUAUGUAUUUACAUAUCUAACACCUAAAUAUUCAUAUUUACAUGAAUGCC